AUGGGAAGUGGAUCAUCGACUUGCGCAAGUGAUAAAUCGGUUGAGAUAAAAUUAAAAAUGAAAGGCAGCAGCUCCAUACCAAUUCGUAGACCGUCUGCCAUCUUAAAUGCAGAAAUUAAUACAAAGCAUUUAACUAUUAACCCUACCACGGCUUAUCGAUUAGCAGUAGCAGCUCAAGGCGGUACUGUGAGCACUACCAAUACUGGCAAUAACUUACCUAAAAAGAAUAAAAAUCGGAUAGUACGUAAUCAAAAGUAUCAAAAACCUCAUUUUGAAAUCUUUAAAGCUAGCAAUGGUGAAGAAUACACUAUUUUUGUGAGAACUGACAGUCAUAGAUUCUAUAUCAAUUGCAUUACUCAGGAAUGGAAACCUAUUGACUCGUCAUGGUAUGAUCAUGGGACAUUUUUUGCCUGCGAGCAACAUGAAGCGGAGGAAUACAUUGUAUAA